AUGGUGCAGAAGCGCAAGCGCGAAGAUGACGCUAGCGCCCGGUCGCAAUCUGGACGAGACGAUCACCCACUGCGCCAACCAACAAAACGUCUACGGCCAUUACGUUCGAGCCCUUCAUCGCUCAAAUCGCCUUGCGAAGAUACUCGAAAUGCCGCUUCGGCGGCGGCGACGAGCCUCACAUCACCGCUCCUCACCCGACCGCCCUCUAGCCGUCAAAGUCACGACGAAGCAGCCGUUAGUUUGUCUGUACAGCGCCAGGAUUUCGACAUCUGCGAACCUCUGCUGGAUGGCCUCGUGACCCGCAGAACACCGCCUCUGCCGCCCGAAAUUGUUUCGCACCCAAGCCUUCAGCUCGACUUGGCGUACGUCAAUGAGAGGCUCAAGGUCCAUGCUAGCACAAGGGAGCUGAGCCAUAUCUGGCGAGUGAACGAUUACGGUGAAGACCUUGCAAAUGAGUACUUGCAAGGCUACACGCCUGUGUACAUCAGAGAGGAACUUUUGGCGAGGAGAAAGCGAGAAGAAGAGGAGUUCUGGGAAACAUUGUCUGAUUCCAACUACGGUGAGGAGGAGCUGGAGGAGCGCUACAAGGUCAGGCGAGAAGAACGCCAGAGAAGUGCUGCGGAAGAGGCCCAGACCACGGGUCACGACACUCCAUAUCCACGGCCAAUGUGGAGCAGCAAGCAUAUGAUCAAUCUCGAUAGCAGUGCAGGAGGCGUGGAUUCAGGAUACUCACAGGAUGGCGAUGGGCCGGCGCACGUGAACGCCUGCGAUGGAAAGGUGCGACAUAGCGCAGAAGCCACUGUACAUGUGGAUGCUACAAAGCAUGCCGUACUUACGUAG